ACCAAGUAAGCUCAGUACACGCUAGGCGCUAUCUAUCUUCCUCCAUUUCUCUAAACCUUCUGUCUCUCAGUUCUAAACCCUCCUUCAUUUUCCUAGGCUCUCUGUGCAGCUCCUAAAACCCUAGCUCUCUCUCUCUCUCUCUCUCUCUCUCAAAUGGCAUCAAUAAACUUCAACCCCUUCGACCACUGGUUCAACAAACCCACAAACCCCAUCGCACCAAUCAACCUCCUCUCAUUCCACGACUCUUUCUCGCCCAAAACCCACACAAGUUUCGCCGCAAUAAGCCUCUCGAACCCCUUCCGGAGAAACGCAAAACCCAAACCCAAAAAACCCGGUGACCCAAACCCAGACGAACCCGGCCCGUACCGCCAAAUGCUGGACCAGUUUUUCUGGGAAUGCGAGAACCUCCCCGAUUACCGACACACCCCAGAGGUGGAGAAGAUCCUGAACGAGGACCCGUUAGUCGAGAAGAAGGAGAACCCGACCCCGGAGGAGAUUAGAGAGAACGAGGACUUCUGGGCCCGGUUCCAGGCCAGCCCGGUGGUGCAGUUUCUGGCCCGGGCCGAGGAGAUCGCCGAUAAGAUCAAUGAGCUGGAGCUGAAGGAGAACGACACGCCGUACCGCAAGGAGGACAAGAAGCUGUGGCAGGCGCUGCCGCACGUGCCGGGGUUGGACGGCAGGCCUAUGCCGAGGAAGGCGAUCAAGACGAAGGAGGAGUCAGACGACAAGUUUUGGGACUUUACGAAGCAAUUCUUCUUCGGGCUUUGGGGUUUUCGUCAGAGGCCCUACCCUCCCGGCCGGCCCAUCGAUGUUGCUCAGGCUAUUGGCUACAAACGCCUCGAGGAGCGGUACUAUGAUUUUAUCAUGAGAAGUGGUGGAUGGUACUACAAGGAUCGAAUGGGUCGAACUAGGGGACCUUCUGAGCUAAUACAGCUUAAAACAGCUUGGGGUGGUGGGAUUAUUGAUAAGGACACUUUCAUUUGGGGUGACGACAUGGAUGAAUGGGCACCAAUACACAUGGUUUAUGGCCUGGAACCUGCAAUUGCCACUUGGGAAGUUAGACUCGGUGCUGCUGCAACAGCUUUUCUACACAAACUACAAAAAGGUAUUCCUCCUUGGGUUCCUCUCAAGGGACAUGAGAAGAAAACCUAUAAGCAGCUCCAAGAAGAGGCUAUAGAGAGUAAGAGACGUGAUCUAGCAGUACUCGAAGCUAAUGGCGGUGUUUGGCCAGGGGUUAAGAUUCCUAGUCAUGCCCUAUUCCUUUGGGCUAGUGGUUCUGAACUGACCUCACUUUUGGGUGAGGACCACAUGCCAAACAAAUACAUACCGAAAGAACUUAGAUACCAAUUGGCCAAAAUCAUCCCUGGAUUAAGGCCAUGGGAGGUUUUAAGCGUAGAACAAGCAAUGGAUCAGAUAACAUAUCGUGGAGAGUGGUAUCGUGAACCUCUUGGUACAUUCACAACGGGUCCUCCGUACAUCAAUCAUUGGAAUACGGACGUCAAGAGGUUGUUUAAUCUUUUCAGCUACCUUACCACCCGAGUUUACAGCAAAUUGGAGAAGACAAUUCCGGGUUUUAAUUCCAUAAUGGAGAAAGUCGAGGCUGAUGUUACUGCAAGGCAAGCAAGAAGGAAAGCAAGGAGGGAGGCAAGGAAGAGAGCUGAGUAGAAGAAAUGUUUGUAAGGUCGAGUUCAAAAUAGCAUCAGGAGAUUUCAUAGUUCUACCUUCCCUUCCUUUCAUGUUGCAACUUAUGCAUGAUCUUUCUGCUGUAAAACUGAAACGUUUGUAUAUUCAAAAUGGAAGUGUUCGAUGUACUUCAUGUAGGGCACUUGGAUUGUUCUGAUUCAAAUUCAAGGCUAUUCUUUUGUUCA